CAGGAAAGAACAGGAGGGAGAAGGUGAUCAUAUCGAGAUUGAGGUUUGGCACACAGGGUUAAAUGGUACAUUUUUAAUGAAGAAACACGAUAAUGGGAGGUGUAAAUAUUAUAAUUAGCAAGAAAUUGUUGAGUAUGUACUGCUGCGGUCUCCGAGAUAAAAUCAAGAGAGAUAUUUUAUCAGAACCUGAUGAAGAGUCUCGGUCCGAAAUCGACUGUUUAUCCGCUUCUGCAGUUGCUACCGGACACGGAAAGUUCCUCCAGCAGUAAUCUGUGAGCGUCCAGUAUCUUGUGCCCACGCAUUGGGGUCAGCGUGCGAACUGGGGGCUGCCAUGUUGAGGUCAGCGGGCUGUUUCCGGUUCCGGGUGGCGGGCGGCUGAAGGUCGGCUCACCGGCGUGGUGGAAACUCGGCCUCGGAGCUGGUGGUCGGAGGGCGGAUCUGCGUAAUGGAAGCCACGGGUCUGUCGGCAGACCCGCACCUGCAGCAGUUCAUCGAGGUGGAGAGUCAGAAGCAGAAGUUCCAGCAGCUGGUGCACGGGCUGACUGAGCUGUGCUGGGAAUUCUGCAGAUGCUGGAAAUUCAAGCAACAUACAUCAAAGUUGCUGGUGAACGCAGCAGGCCAAGCAGCAUCUAUAGGAAGAGGUGCAGUCGACGUUUCAGGCCGAGACCCUUCGUCAGGACUAACUGAAGGAAGAGACAAGUGUAUGGAUAAACCAGGCCCACGGCUUGAUAGCAGAACAGAAACCUGCUUGGUUAACUGCGUGGAACGUUUCAUUGACACCAGCCAGUUCAUCCUCAAUCGACUAGAACAGACACAGAAAAGCAAAAUGUCUUCCGAGAGCUUGAGUGACUAAUUGGAUGGUCAAGUGGGAGAGUUGAUACCACAGAUCGCCACACUAUAUGGGACAGGCACCAGUGCUCUCCGAUGGUGGUGAGAAGGCACUGGAGCAACUCCACUGGGCUUGGUAACCCAGAGCUGCUCUUAAAUGGAUCUUAUAUAAUGGUAAUGUGUCUCUGAGACAGAGUCUAAAUAAUAUCCUGAAAUAAAGCAUGGUGGAAUUUUUUUACAAUAAAUUGUGCAUAAUCAUAGCAAUGACAUAAUGUUUCAGGAGUUGUUUCAAAAUUAUUCAUGUUGAGAGCAAAUAAAGAAAGUAAUUUUUAUCUUUGAAGAGAGUUGACUGAGAUCCUUGGGAGGUGACUGAUAUUGGCAGGAAUGGCAUUUCCUGGCCUCCUUAUUAUCUUUGUGAAGUCAGUGGUGGUACGCUGCUUUCUGGUGAAGCUACUAUUAUGGCGCAGUUGAAUAGCGGAUUCUGGGAUUUAGAGCCAGCAAUCCAAUUUCCAAGUGCUGUUUAACUUGGAAUAGGAUCUGUAGUUGUGUUCCCGUGUUUUUACAGCCAUCUGCCUUGGCAGUUGAGUGCUCAGGUUUGGGCAAUGCUGUCGCGUCGACUAGAUGAGUGACUGUAGUAUGUCUUGUAGAUAGUGCAGUGGUGAAGGAUGGUAAAUGAGCUACUUUAUCCUGGUAUUAUCGAAGGUCUCGCCCUGAAACAUUGACUGCCCUCUUCCCUCCACAAAUGCUACCUGAACUACUGUGCUCCUGCAGCAUUUUGUGGGUUGAUCCAGGAGAGGUCACGGGUUGAACAGGAGAUUGAUGAAGUUGAUGUGAUGACUUAGUUUCAGUGACCAGGGGUUGGAGGAAGGUAGAUGGGUUGGCUGCUGAGAGACUGGUUUUGAUCCAGGAGAGGUCACGGGUUGGACAGGUGAUUGCUGAGUAGAAGUGAUGACUUGGUUUCAGUGACCAGGGGUUAGAGGAAGGUGGGUGGGUUGGCUGCUGAGAGACUGGUUUUGAUCCAGGAGAGGUCACGGGUUGGACAGGUGAUUGCUGAGUUGAAGGGAUGACUUGGUUUCAGUGACCAGGGGUUAGAGGAAGGUGGGUGGGUUGGCUACUGAGGGGCUGAUGUUUCCUGGGCGAUGUCAAGUUUCAGUGUAGUUGGCUGCAUGUUACUUUCAAGUUGCAUAUGUUACAUCACUUUUGUGCUUGGUGGACAAUGGAAUAUCAUUGGGAUGUUGAGAUUCUUGCAGUGGAAUAACCAAUCUGUUUAAUAGUUUCAGCUUGCAGCCAUCAGUAAACGUAAAGUGAAUAAGUGAGCUCAGAGAAAUUUGCUUACUGUUGAAGUUCAUGGGAUUUGAAGUUGGCCUGCAUCCUAAAGUUCCCAAGGUGGUGACUGUGGAAAUGACAGAUACAUUGGUUGUCUUCCAAAAUUAGUUUCAAGAAUUUCUAUCAAUUAGAAAGAACCUAGAUGUAGUGCUGUUAUUUCGCAAAGAAGCAAGAAGAAAUGGAAACAUGAGAAAACGCUGGUACCCUUGUGUCUCACCCUAUCUUAUCAAAUAGGGUGACUAUUGUUACUUCCAGUCUGUGUGAACCAUUCUUGAUUCUUUGAAAUUUGAGAUGGCAAUCAAUGCAUUAUUAGUGAAGUGUUAGGAGUUUAAACUGGUGAGGCAGCAAGCGAGACCCAGAUGACUGUGCAGCAGGUGAGGAGACUCACUCCAGUGGACAGAGCAGACAGGGAAGAGGGGAAGCACAAGAGGGCUGGUGGCUUAACCGUAUUUACCUUAAUGCAAAGAGCCCCAUGGAUCAGCACAAGGGGUGGUAUUAUUGUUGUGACCAUGGAAAUGUGGUUUUGGGAAUAGCAGGACUGGAAGCUGAAUGAUCUGAUGUAUAGAAGUUACAGGUGCAAAAGGGGAGGAGUUGUACUGCUGAUCAGCAAGAGUACUACAGUGAGGAUAUCCUGGAGAGAGUGGCCAGUGAACUUAGAUGUGUACAACUUCAGAAUGAGACAGAGGCUGUCACUUUGGGGUUUACUAUAGGCUUCCCAGUAGUCAGUCGGAAUAGGAACAGAAGGCCAUAAAGGCAGUAAAGCUGUACUAGUAAAGGAAACAACAGGAACUCUGCAGAUGCUGGAAAUUCAAGCAACAUACAUCAAAGUUGCUGGUGAACGCAGCAGGCCAAGCAGCAUCUAUAGGAAGAGGCGCAGUCGACGUU